UCCCUUUGAAAUCCUCGUCAGCCCGACAGACGGACCCAGCUUCUCUUCCUUCCCUUCCCUUCACGACUUUCACCUCGGCACUGCGCACCCAGCACAAUCAAGCUCCUCAUAAACCGAGCUAGGGGGGGUCUCUGAUGACGCUUUCUCCGACCCUCAAGCAAGGAGCUCGAUGAAAAUAGAGCCGGCUCUUUUGUCUCUUAAGAGGAAGUCAGAUGAACCUGGUGGAAGCUCCCCUGUCCCUAACAAAAAACCCAACUCAGUCGAAGAUGGUGAAGACUAUUUGAUCCCGCUCGACAGCCUCCAAAUCACCAUUCCCUCAUCCACAGCACUUUCUCUGACCCAACCUCACCAUUUGAUGAGCGCUUUCUUUCCUCCAAUGGAGGAUGGAAUGGAAGCACAUAUAGAGGUCGAGAAACCUACUACUACGGACUCUCAUUUACAGUGGAGUCAGUGGCAAUUGAUUGAUUCCAUCCUACCUACAGGUGGGUUUGCUCAUUCUUUUGGUCUUGAGGCAGCAAUCCAAGCCCGCAUCAUAUCAGGUCCCGAGGAUCUCCGAACUUUUGUAAUCCAUGUGUUAGAGAAUACUGGAAGCUUACUACUUCCAUUUGUUUUUUCUGCAACAAUUUCACCUGAUUUGGAAACCUGGCAAAAACUUGACAGAACAUUAGAUGCAAUGCUAACUAAUGAAGUGGGUCGAAAGGCAUCAAUUGCGCAAGGAUCAGCACUUAUGAGGGUGGCUGCUGCUGUCUUUUCAGAAAUCCCCUCUCUCAAGUCCAUGAGAGAUACCUCUGUAGGUUCUGGGGUUGUUGCUUUCCAUCAUGCUCCUAUAUUUGGGCUUACAUGUGGACUUCUUGGUUUGGAUAGUAGAACCUCUCAGAGAGCUUACCUGUUUAUCACGAUGAGAGAUGUUAUUUCUGCUGCAACAAGGCUGAAUUUGGUAGGACCUAUGGGUGCAGCUGUAUUGCAGCAUCAGAUUGUUGUUCUUGCCGAAGCUAUCUUGACAAAGUGGAUGGACCGUACAGUUGAGGAAGCAUGCCAAACAACUCCUUUGCUUGAUACCGUGCAGGGUUGCCAUAGUUACUUGUUUUCUAGACUGUUCUGCUCUUGAAAGCACAAAUAAUUGCAUCAGCUUGUUGUCUUUGUUGUUCCGCACUAAGUACACAGCCUGCCUGAACUUUUUUUUUUUUUUUUCCUUUCUUUCUUUGGGGAAGGCCUGAAAACCAAUUAAUAAGCCUGAUUUCACUUGUAGUAUGCAUUGAACGGUGGGUAGAUGCCUUGAAAUGUAUUUACCUAAUUUAUUGUAACUUUUUCCCUGAAAGUGAAUACUAUAAACUGAUGGGUGAUUAUUGACCA